CCCCCGCGCCGCCGCCCCCCGCCCGGCUGCCGGCUCCAGCAGCUCGGUGCCGGCGGCGAUGCCCGCCCCGCUGCCGGGGGGAGAGGCUGCCCGGCGCUGCCCGGCCCCUAGCCGUUCGUCGCAGACCCACGCACUCACAGGGGCAGCCGGGCGCUUGAGCCAUGAUUGCCGCGGCUUUCCUGGUCCUGCUGAGACCCUACAGCAUCCAGUGCGCCCUCUUCUUGCUCCUGCUGCUGCUGGGGACCAUCGCCACGAUUUUAUUCUUCUGCUGCUGGCAUCGCAGGCUGCAGAAAGGGAGGCAUCCCAUGAAGUCUGUCUUUUCGGGUCGCUCAAGGAGCCGAGAUGCUGUCAUGAGAACUCAUCACUUUCGCUCUGAGGGCUUUAGGUCAAGUCCUCGUCAUGCUAGAAGACGUGUAGCACCUCGCCUUGAAGAAACACAACCCAUAGUGGAAGCUCACCACCUAAGUGAGCAGGAAACUUCUGUAAGAAAAAGAAAAAUCAAGAAAAGCAGCCGAGUUCAACCAGAAUUUUAUCAUUCUGUUCAGGUUACCCCGACUCGAAAACCUAGCUCCGGCAACGCGUCCUACCGAUGCUCCAUGUCGUCCUCCGCCGAUUUCUCCGACGAGGAGGACUACAGCCAAAGGUCGGGGACGGUGUCGCCAGCGCCAGGAGACACGCUGCCUUGGAACCUGCCCAAACAUGAGCGGUCCAAGCGGAAGAUCCAGGGCGGCUCCGUGCUGGACCCCGCCGAGCGGGCCGUGCUGCGCAUCGCUGAUGAGCGGGACAAAGUACAAAAGAAAACCUUCACAAAAUGGAUAAAUCAACAUCUCAUGAAGGUUCGAAAACAUGUGAAUGACUUGUAUGAAGACCUAAGAGAUGGACAUAACUUGAUCUCACUUUUAGAAGUCCUUUCUGGAGACACCUUGCCAAGAGAGCGAGAUUUUUUGAAGACCUUACGGUUGGUGAGUUCAACAGAAGCAUGCGCAAUUGAACAGCAUGAGGAUGUGGAGGAUGAGGAUAAGGGGCCCCGAGAAAAAGGUCGGAUGCGUUUUCACAGACUCCAGAACGUCCAAAUUGCACUUGACUAUUUGAAAAAACGCCAGGUGAAACUGGUUAACAUCAGAAAUGAUGACAUAACGGAUGGGAAUCCCAAAUUGACUUUGGGGUUGAUAUGGACCAUAAUUUUGCACUUUCAGAUAUCUGAUAUCCAUGUUACUGGAGAGUCAGAGGACAUGUCUGCUAAAGAGAGACUGCUCCUGUGGUCGCAGCAAACAACUGAGGGUUAUGCUGGAAUACAUUGUGAAAAUUUCACUACCUGCUGGCGCGAUGGAAGAUUGUUUAAUGCCAUCAUUCAUAAAUACAGGCCGGACCUGAUAGACAUGAAUACCGUUGCUGUUCAAAGCAACCUUGCAAAUUUAGAACAUGCUUUUUUUGUAGCAGAAAAACUUGGUGUUGCCAGACUUCUAGAUCCUGAAGAUGUUGAUGUUUCUUCACCUGAUGAGAAGUCAGUAAUAACUUACGUGUCAUCACUUUAUGAUGCAUUUCCCAAAGUACCAGAAGGUGGUGAAGGCAUUAGUGCAAAUGAUGUUGAAGUCAAAUGGGUUGAAUAUCAGAACAUGGUGAACUACCUCAUGCAGUGGAUCAGACACCAUGUCACGAUAAUGUCUGACAGAACGUUUCCCAACAAUCCUGUGGAAUUGAAGGCACUUUAUAAACAAUAUUUACAGUUUAAAGAAACAGAAAUUCCACCAAAGGAGGCAGAUAUAGUAAAAAUUCAACAGCUAUAUAAACUGCUAGAGGUCUGGAUAGAAUUUGGACGCAUCAAGCUUCCUCAAGGCUACCACCCAAAUGAUACAGAAAAAGAAUGGGGAAAGCUUAUUAUUGCCAUGCUGGAAAGAGACAAGACCCUUCGGCCUGAAGUGGAGAGGUUGGAAAUGCUGCAGCAGAUUGCAAACAGAAUUCAGCGGGACAGCCGGAGCUGUGAAGAAAAACUAAUACUUGCUCGGAAUGCUCUGCAGUCUGACACCAAGCGGUUGGAGUCAGGGCUCCAGUUCCAACAUGAAGCAGAGAUAGCUGGUUAUCUUCUUGAAUCUGAGAACCUUCUCCGCCAGCAAUUGAUUAACACCCAAAUUCUUACUGAUGGAAAAUACUAUCAGGCAGACCAGCUUGUGCAAAGAGUUGCAAAGCUUCAUGAUGAACUGAUGGCUAUACGGACCGAAUGUUCUUCUGUGUACAACAAAGGGUGUGCACUGACAACAGAGCAGACAAAGCUGAUGAUAUCAGGAAUAACUGAAAGCUUAAACUCAGGAUUUACAACAAAUCUAACCCCUGAAUCAAAUGCUGCAAUGACCCAAGGUUUAACACCUACUUUGACUUCUUCCAGCUUGACAUCUGGCCUUUCAUCAGGUCUUACUUCCAGACUGACACCAACCAUCACUCCCACUUACACACCAGGCAUCCCACCACGGUUAAUUCAAAGCUAUGUGACAGGAGUAGACAGUGGGACUCUGCAAACACUCAAACUGAUGCAAAUCAGGAAACCUCUUAUGAAAUCAGCUUUUGUGGAUCAGAAUUUACCAGAAGAAGAGGUGAACAUGAAAUUCGUCCAGGACCUAUUGAGCUGGGUGGAAGAAAUGCAGGUGCAACUUGAUCGAGCAGAAUGGGGUUCAGAUUUGCCAAGUGUUGAAAGCCAUUUGGAAAAUCACAAAAAUGUCCACAAAGCUAUUGAGGAAUUUGAAUCAAGCCUUAAAGAAGCUAAAAUGAGUGAGAUCCAAAUGACUGCCCCUCUUAAACUCAGUUAUGCAGAAAAAUUGCACAAACUGGAGAGUCAGUAUUCAAAACUCUUGAACACGUCAAGAAAUCAGGAAAGACAUCUGGAUACUCUUCACAAUUUUGUGUCUCGUGCUACCAGAGAGCUGAUAUGGCUCAAUGAAAAAGAAGAGGAAGAGGUUGCAUAUGACUGGAGUGAAAGAAACACCAAUAUAACAAGAAAGAAGGAAUACCAUGCAGAGUUAAUGAGAGAACUUGAUCAAAAAGAAGAAGUUAUUAAAUCAGUUCAAGAAAUAGCUGAGCAAUUGCUUCUUGAGAAUCACCCAGCCAGGCUAACCAUUGAGGCCUAUAGAGCUGCAAUGCAGACACAAUGGAGCUGGAUUCUUCAGCUCUGUCACUGUGUUGAACAGCAUUUGAGAGAAAAUGCUGCCUAUUUCGAGUUUUUCAGUGAUGCCAAAGAAGCCAUGGAAUAUUUAAAAAAUUUGAAAGAUACCAUAUACAGAAAAUAUAGUUGUGGUAGAUCAAGCAGCCUUCAUAGGCUGGAAGACCUUGUCCAGGAGUCUAUGGAAGAGAAAGAACAACUCUUGCAGUAUAAAAGCACAGUAGCAGGCCUUGUGGGAAGAGCAAAGGCAAUAAUUCAGCUGAAGCCAAGGAACCCUGACUGUAUACUCAAAACAUCCAUCCCAAUUAAAGCCAUCUGUGACUAUAGACAAAUUGAGAUAACUAUUUACAAAGAUGAUGAGUGUAUAUUAGCAAACAACUCCCAUCGUGCUAAGUGGAAAGUCAUUAGCCCAAGUGGUAAUGAGGCCAUGGUUCCAUCUGUAUGCUUUACAGUUCCUCCACCAAACAAAGAAGCGAUAGAUACAGCUAACAGGAUUGAACAGCAAUUUCAGAAUGUUCUGGCCCUUUGGCACGAGUCACAUGUAAACAUGAAGAGUGUGGUAUCCUGGCAUUACCUGACAAAUGAAAUUAAAGCAGUUCGAGCUGGCAAUGUCGCCUCGAUAAAGACAAUGCUGCCAGGUGAACAUCAGCAGGUCCUAAGCAAUUUGCAGUCCCGCUUUAAUGAUUUUAUGGAAGACAGCCAGGAGUCCAAGAUCUUUACAAGCUCCGAUACAGCACAGCUGGAAAGGGAAGUUAAUGUUUGCAAACAAUACUAUCAAGAGCUUUUGAAGUCUGCAGAAAGAGAGGAGCAGGAAGAAUCUGUUUACAAUCUGUACAUCUCUGAAGUCAGAAAUAUCAGACUACGUCUGGAGAGUUGUGAGGAGCGGUUAAUACAGCAGAUCCGAACCCCAGUGGAAAGGGAUGAUGUACAUGAAAACUUGGUUAGGAUUUCAGAGCAAGAGGAACUGAAGAAAGAACUGGAUCGACUGAAGGAUGACUUGGGAGUCAUCACACAUAAAUGUGAAGAGUUUUUCAGUCAAGCUGCUGGUUCACCUUCAGUCCCUGCUCUGCGCUCUGAGCUCAGUGUUGUUAUUCAGAACAUGAACCAAGUUUAUUCCAUGUCUUCCAUUUACAUAGAUAAGUUAAAGACUAUAAAAUUGGUGCUGAAGAAUACCCAAGAAGCAGAAUUGUUAGUAAAACGCUACGAAACUAAGUUGUGUGAGGAAGAGGCUGUAACAGCUGACAAGAACAAUAUUGAAAACCUGAUGGGUACAUUGAAGCAAUGGAGAUCUGAAGUAGAUGAGAAAAGACAAGUGUUCCAUUCCUUAGAGGAUGAACUGCAGAAGGCAAAGAUGAUCAGUGAUCAGAUGUUUAAAAUGCACAAGGAGCGUGAUCUUGACUUUGACUGGCAUAAGGAAAAAGUUGAUCAGUUAGCCGAGAGGUGGCAAAACAUUCAUUCUCAAAUUGAAAAUAGGUUGCGUGACUUAGAAGGUAUUAAUAAAUCUCUGAAGUAUUACAAAGAUGCUUACAAUUCUUUGGACACUUGGAUUCAACAAGUGGAAGAUACUCAGCGAAAAAUUCAAGAAAUCCAUCCUGAAAAUAGCAAAGCAUUGGCUAAGCAGUUGAACCAGCAUAAGAUGCUGGUUUCUGAGAUUGAAAUGAAACAAAGCAAAAUAGAUGAAUGUCAGAAGUAUUCAGAACAAUACUCAGCUGCAGUGAAGGACUAUGAGUUGCAGACUAUGACCUACAGAGCUAUGGUUGACUCCCAGCAAAAAUCUCCAGUAAAACGCAGAAGAAUGCAAAGCUCAUCAGAUGUCAUUAUUCAAGAGUUCAUGGAUUUAAGGACUCGUUACACUGCCUUAGUGACCUUGAUGACACAGUACAUUAAGUUUGCAGGUGACUCUUUGAAAAGACUGGAAGAGGAAGAGUUUAUUCCAUGUGCUGUAAUGCUCGGAGCUUGCCAGAGGAGUGAACUCCAGACACCUGUGAAGUCAGCUGAAGUCUUUCAACGUUUGGGAUGUAGUGAAGCUGUUGAAUUCAGAGAGGCAAAUGCAUCUGAUGAAAGCAUGUUGGAUGUGGAAUAUUUGCAAAAAGAUAAUUCUUCCAGUAUACCUGAACACACAGAAAAUAAAUUGGAAAUGGACAGAAGAAAAUUAGAUGUAAAUGCAUAUGAUGAAAUCAAAACUGAUAGAACAUCAAAGCAAAUUUUAACUUCCAGUGGUCAAGAAAGUAGUGUUAGUGGCAAUAGUGAAUAUAAGUUGCAUACAGAGCAAGAGAAUUUAAUGGGGUUUAGUAAUCAAAUCAAAGAAGAAAAUUAUAGAAAAGGUUGUUUUGUUUCAGCUGAGAUUUGUGUCAGUAGCAAUCCUGGUGAAAUGUUAAAUGAGAAAAUUCUCAGUGGAGAGAGACACAAAACAGAGGGAAUAUUAAAGUUGCCUGAAGUGGUAAUGAUACACAAAACCACAGGAAAAAAGUUUUCAGGAAAGGCAAGGAGUGACGUUUUGACAAAGGAAGAGUGUGAGAUGCAAUCAGAAACUAACUUUGAGCUAACAGUGAAGAGAGGUGAAGUUACUCCAAAAACGGGGAAGCAUGUCCUGGACAAGCAUCAAGAUCUUUCAGCAAGAAUUAGUUUUGAAAGUCAACAUAAAGAACAUUGCUUUACAGAAAGUAAUAGUUGUAACACUUUAAACUCUGAAGACAGAGAGUUUCAAGUGCUUGGUGAAAGAGGUAACUCAGGUGUAAGGGAUGCAAUACCUUUAGAGAAAGUUACAUCCUCUUUCAGAGAGCUAGCAGUGUGCAAGAGGAGUGAAAAAACAGAGUUAAAUUUGCAGUUGAUGAGCAAUGCAGGCAUUUCUGGUGAUGUUGAAAGGGACACAAACAAACUGCACAGAGCAUCUCUGGAUAAAAGUUACUUCAUAGCAGAAAACAAAAUCCUGCAAAAAUCAAAUUUAAAUCCAAAUGAAGCCAAGAGUGCAAUGCAAGAAAUUUUGCUUGUUUCUUCAAGAAAUACUGUGAGGAAUCAGUAUGCAGCAAAAGUUCCUGAGUCGUAUCAGGUAAAUUUUGAAGUAUCGCCGGUGCAGGAUGAUCCAAGUUUAGGGACAGGAUUGUUAGGAAGUGCUGGUGAUUUAAAUACAAAUAUAGCCCUCUCAGAAAUAAUUUGUAAAGGAGAGGAUGAUUUUCCAUUAUCAGAACAUGGAUUAGCAAAAAAGCUUUUGAGUCGCAAAGAGAAAGGAAGUGAGAAGAAGAAAUAUAAAGAUUUAUUGCUGGUUGCAGAAAGGUACAAUAGAGAUAAGGGCCAUAGCACGAAGGGACUUGGGAAAAACACUGAAGUCCAGGAAGCAUCCUGUGAAAAAGCAGGGAAAAAAGCCUCUCUUGAAAAAAAAGAAAAGCAAAAAAAAAGAGACAGUGACAAUGAAGAAAAAAGGAGCACAACUUAUAUUAAGAAAUCAGUGGAAGAAGAAAAGAAGGAACAUGUUGAGAAAGCUGGGGAUUUACUGAAAUGGGUGUCAAACCUCAGCAAGACACUCAGCAAGGAAGAAGGAGAAAAGGCUGAAAAGACAGAUUUGCCUAAGCAGCAGAUUUCCCUGCAUGAAAUGUCAACCAAGAAAGAGCAAAUAGCUGAAGCUUUGCAGACUACACAGUCAUUUUUAGCUAAGCACAGUGACAAAAUGACAGGUGAAGAGAAAAAUGAAAUGGAAAAGCAAGUCAGAUCCCUCCAGGAGAGCUACAGCUUGUUAUCCAAUGAAGCUUUGAAGCAGCUGCAGGAAGCACAGUAUUUGGGUGAUGAAAAGAUGGAAGAAAAGGUGAAUAAAGUCAUUGCUGGUGUCAUUGACCAAACGACUGGAGAAGUCCUGUCAGUCUUUCAGUCUAUUUUAAAAGGUUUUAUUGACUAUGACACUGGGAUUAGGUUGCUCGAGAAUCAGCUGAUCCUUUCUGGAAUAGUUUCUCCAGAAUUAGGAGUAUGUUAUGAUUUGGAAGAAGCUAAAGCUCAUGCCUUAAUUGAUGAGCAGACUCUGUUGCAUUUGCAGGAAUUAAGUGAUGCAAAGAAGCUCAUAUCAGAGUCAUCAUUAUCAAAUCUUCCAGUUGUUUCAGCUUUAGAGCAAGGUCUAAUUUCAGAAACUUUGGCUAUUAAAAUUCUAGAGAAUGAGCUUUCAAGUGGGCACUUGAUUUUGCCAUCUACGGGAGAAAACCUGACUUUGCAGAAUGCUUUUCAGAGAAACCUGGUGUAUCCAACAUUAUAUGCAAAACUUCUGGAAAGACAAGACACUUGUAAAGAUCUCAUAGACCCCAACUGUGCUGAGAAGAUUUCACUUGAACAGAUGUUUCAUAGAAGCAUAAUACACAAAGAAACAGGGCUAAGACUUCUACCUGUGAAACCACAAGAAAAAGGUAGAAUCAUGUUCAAAUGUGGAAGGAGGAUCACUGUUUUGAGGGCAGCCCAUGAAGGAAUCAUCGAUCGGGAAACGAUGUUCAGGCUGCUGGGUGCUCAGCUAAUAUCUGGAGGUAUAAUUGACCCUGACUCAGGGAAGCGAAUGACUGUGGAAGAGGCCAUGAAACAAGGGAUGAUAGAUCAGGACACUGCUUGUGGGAUCCUCACACAUCAGGUUCAGAGUGGUGGAAUCCUUUGUCAAAAUUCAGGACAACGCUUGACUGUUGAUGAAGCUGUACAGUGCAACUUAAUAUCAUCUACCAGUGCACUGCUGGUAUUAGAAGCACAGAGAGGCUUUGUUGGACUAAUUUGGCCUCACACUGGUGAAAUAUUCCCUGUAUCAACCUCUUUGCAUCAAGAGAUGAUAACAAAUGAGCUGGCAUUCAAAAUACUAAAUAAUAGACAGAAAAUAGCUGCACUUUACAUUCCAGAAACUUGUGAAAUAAUCAGUCUAGAUAAGGCUGCACAGUCAGGGAUAAUAGACAUGAGUACUGUAUCUGUUUUGACCAAUGUGACUUUACCAGAUAAAAUGCCUAAUGUAGAAGAAUUAGAGUCCCCUUGCAAAAAUGCUGCAAAAUGGUUAUCGACAUAUGAAUUCCUGCCAUCUGUAUUUCAUGACUGUGAGGAGGAACAUGAACGUUCUGGCACAGAAGGCCCUAUAUGUCAUAAUUUAGAUCAAACUAAGAAACUAUUCAUGUCUUAUCUAAUGGUGAAUAGUUAUAUGGAUGCAAACACUGGAGAAAGACUUUUGUUAUAUGAUGGACAACUGCAAGAAGCCAUAAAUAUGUUGCUGGAAGGUGGUGGUGGUGCUGCGUACAAUGAUGAUGUGUCAGAAGUGGAGUUUAAUAAUAAAUACGUAAACCAGAAAGGAAUUAAACUAAAUUUAGCUGGUAGUGCCCACUUUAAUAAUGUCACAGGCAGUGUUCAGGGUGAUCUUUUGGGUUCUGAGAAUACUUCUAGUAAUGGGAAAUUAAUUCAGUUUGAAGGUUGUAGGGAUUGUGUAUCUUCACAAGGAGAUCUUCCUAUGUGUGGACCCGAUGUUUAUGAUGCUAUUGGUACUGACCAAUCAGAAUAUACGCAGGAGACACUGUUAACUAACUCUGCAGGACUUAGAAAUGUAGUAAGUAGCACCCAAAAUUCCAUUAACAGAAAUGCGCUCAGAGGUCUUCCGGAGGUUUCUGAGUGGACAGAACUGUGCAAGCAUGAUAGUCAGAAUGCAAAUUCAGGAAACAUUGAAGAGUAUCUUUCAAAUGACUCAAAUCCAAAUCUCAUUUCAGAAACAGAGAAAGGAGAUAUUUCUAUAGCAGACAGUUUGCAUAAUGAAAACAAGAAUGAUAAAACCUCACAAGAUUCCUUGCAUGUGAACGAUUUGUCAGAUAAUGAAACCUGGGUAGAACUGCGAAGAUGCACCAAAUACGAGCCUUGCAUACUGCAAGCUGAUGAUAGCAGAAUGGUACUGGAUAACAGCAAUAAAGAUGAUUUUCAGAGAAGUUUUGGUCCAUCCAUCAGUGCAGAUACUGAAUAUAGACUUCCAGAGGAAUUGGCUAGGCAGUGUGGUGACAUACUACAGUUUGGAGAUAAUGGAUACAGUAAGCAACCUCUACAAGACUAUGCUGAUGUACAUAACAGACUAUCCCUAGCGGACUGUCUUUGUGCACAUGACAGGCUGUCCUUGGAGAAUUGUAGUGAUUUGCAGAGUAAGCUGUUUCUAGAAGACAGUGGAGACAUGCACGGCAGGACUUCACUGGCUCGUGACACUGUUAUACAUGACGGACCACCUCUGGGGGACAGUAACAGCACAGCACUGAGGCUAACAGUAGAAGAAAGCAAUCUUAAAUUUGAAAAGCUACUGCUGUGUGACAGUAGUUCUGAUUCAUCCAUAGAAGAGAGUGAUGGCCUCACACAUUUUGAGAGUAACUGCUUUGAGCAUGAAUGUGGUGAGGUAGCUGCUGCAGAUGACAGCUCUCAGCUUGAUGAUGAGGACAAUGAUGCAUAUGAAACACCUCCGGUUGAUGAUGAUGACAGUGAUGUCUAUGAUACUCCACAAAUUGAUGAUGAUGAUUCCUAUGAAAGUCCCCAAGGUGAUGAUGGUUUUGAUACAUUGAGGUUGGGGAAUGAUAAAACACAGGAGCCAGAAUUGUCUGGAGCAUCAGUUCCAUUAGGUAUUCUAGAGGAGAGGGGUGGUCUAAUAACCCUUAGAGAAGAGACUAGCUCUUUUCAAGAACUUGCAGCAGAUGCUGGAGAGAGUGUCCAUGUAAAUCUGAUGGGGCUACCUGAGAAUGUAAAUAUAGCUUCUGCAAGUGCUGACACUAUGGAAAGAAUCCCUGAGGAGGAAAGGGAGCUAACAGGGAGCUUUGGAGGGAAGGAGCAAGAAUUACCAGGUACUCUGCAAAGUGAAGGAAGCAAUGAAGGAGGCCUUAGUUCUUUACGGAAGAUGUAUGAAUCAGAAAUACAAGACAGAAAUGAGGAAGAUGAACUGAAAGCGGAAAGUGACUCUUAUGAGGAUGAAUCUGAAAGUUCACAGGACGAGGAAGGCUAUGAGGAAGAUGAUGACGGUUAUGAUGACUCUGACACUGAUUCUGACAGUGAUGAAAAAGUAGAUAUUUUUCAUUCACAUCAUCAAUAUGUAAGCAAAGGUGACCAGCUGUUAAUUUCCUUAGGUGACUUAGAAAAUACUGAUGAAAAUAAUCGGAAUGUUGAUGACACUUGCUAUUCUUCAGGCCACAAGGCAGGAUAUACUUUUGAGUUCCAGUCUAACCAUGAAAGUGGAAGACUAUCCUCAGGAAAAUGUGAACCUGCAUCAGGUGUUUCUGAGGAAAGAUGUGUUGGUCUUACAUGUACAAGUGAAGAAGACAGACAGCAAGAAACAGAAGAUGAAUAUGGGACUUAUGUUAAAAAUAAACACAUCUCACGAGAUACUACUGAGCCCAUGCAGUCUGAAAAUACCUUUGACACUAAGUUGCCAUCCAGUAAGAGUGAAGCAAAUGAUAAAACACAUCUUAAGGCUCCAAGUUCUCAAUCUGAUGAUACUGUGGCACCUGAUGUUAGUGUAACAGCCUUCAUAAUUGCAAAGCAUGCUACUGAUGGUGAUGAAAGUACUCAGACAGAUUUGCUUCUCUCAGAGUCCUUUAUUGAUGGCAUGAAUAAAAACAGUAAUACCAUGCCAAUGUUGCAUUCAGAUAAAGGGCAAAGACAGAGCAAAGCAGUAUUUGCAGAGGAAAACAUAUUAAAUGAUAUGACUGGGAUGGAACAACUAAAGGAAAUUUCAUCCCGAGUGGACAUUAAAUUUCUUACGGAAGUGCCUUAUGUAAGUGAUGGUGAUAGUUCAGUUAGUGACCAAGUACAUCCAGUCACUGGUUCGAAGCAUGGUCAGAGGGGAAGAGGUUUUGAAAUUCUUACAGAAAAUAGAGUAAAUAUUACAGAGGAAUGUGGUAUCAUGGGGCCAAGUAAAAGUCCCAUUCAGAUGGAAAGCCUUGGGGAAAUAUUUGAUGCAUCAGUAAUUAGAGCUGAUAGAGAAACUCCUGUUUCAAGUAAAGGAAAAGUAAAUGCUGAUCAAGUUUUGCUUGAUGUUGGAGAUGGCCUGAAAUCAGAUGAAUUUAAGAGAGAUUUUAACAUUUCUGCUUCUUUAAUACAACACGCAACAGACAUAAGAGAAGGUGGCUAUUCAGAAUUGGAUAAAACUGAAUCGUGUUUCUUUGAGGACAGGGAAGAAAGGAGAAAGGGUAUAGAGAAUGAAAAGGAUUUUCUGCUAAAUGUGGAGGAAAAGUAUUCAAGUGAAUUUACCACUUGCUCUUUUCCCCCAACUGAUACAGUGAAACCAAAGGAAAUGAGCAUAACCAAAGAAACAGGGAGAGUUAUCUGUCAAAAUACUGACGAUGUUCUUACGGACUUUUCAGAAAACAAUGGUAGUGAAUUUUCCACAAUAAAAGCAGGUGCUCUAAGAAGUAUUGAGGAUGCCAAAGAAUCAAGGGAUGGGAGUGAAGUGCUGCCUUCUGGGAGUUAUACCUAUCCUGGUGAUGUUUAUUCUGCAAUUCUGAGCAGCACAGGGGCUGAAUUGAAUUACGGUGUUCAGAAUGAACAUGAGACAUUGCAAAACACAAAGGGAGAAAGUUGCAUGAUCAGUGAGACUUCGUCCCUUGAAAAUGGUUUCAAAAAACAAAUGUCCGUGGAGUCAUUGCAAAAGGAAACAGGACCCUGCAAAGAUUUUCCAGUAAAGGGUGGUAUUUCACAAUCACCAGAAAUGUGUGAUGAACUAAUGGAAGAUUUAAAGAAUAUGUUACAGAAGAAAUUGAAAAUGGGACAUGUUUACUGCAAGCAGGAGGGUGAACCCCUAAGUUACUCUGAUACCAAAAUUUUAAUGCAGAAUUUACUUGCAAUGGUUAGAAGCACCCACCUUGGGAAUGACACAUCUAGUGAGUCAAAUCUCAAGCAAAUAAGUGAUACUAUCAGAACUGCAUUUAUGGUUAGCACACCAUGUACAGAGCCAAAGGACAGUGAUGCUAUUUCAUUGCCUUGGCCUGACUGCAGAAGUCCUGACCUUCUUCAUGAUAUACUCAAGCAGGAAUCCUGCAAGCAAAAGAUGGUCGAUCCAAAUGAAAGGAAGAGUGAAACAGACAUGAAAGCACCUGUUUCAAAACUUACUGCUUCUGAACUUCUGGAGAUUUUUCAAAUUUCAACAGGAGAUGAAAGUACAAGCAAGUUAGAGGAGGUGAUAAGUGGUUUGCUUACAAGCUCACAGGUUGCUGGUAUCACCACAGAACGUGAGAGUAAAGGCAAAGUAGCUGGGCUUUGUACUCUUUUCUCAACAGAACAGUCGGGGUUUGGAUCAGAAUUUGCUAAGGAGAAAGCUUUGGCAGAUGACCCAUCUGUUGCUUGGAAAAAUGACCAGGAGCAUGGGAAUAUGGGCAGCCUGUCCAAAGGCUUUACUGAGCCUGUUUUCAAAGCACAAGGAGCGGUCCAGGAAGACACUUCCACUUGCACAGUCAAUGAAAUACAGCAGUGUUUAAACUUAAUAGAGAAAAUGAGAGGACAUUUGGCAGUGCUUCAAGAUAAGAAAAGUCACCUGGAUAUCCAGCAGCCUAUCAGUAACAACCUGGAAAUAUUGAAAGAUGAACUGCAACAACUAGAGUCAUUUGAGUCAGGACUGGCUACUUUUGCAAUUACCUUAAGAAAGGAUAUGAAGUUGACAGAGGAGUUUUUAAAGCUUUGUAACAGGGAUAUUCCUGAAGAGAAACUUAAAGAGCUGAAUAUAAGUUACAACUAUCUGCAGGAAGCAUUUUUGGUCGUCUGUGAUACAUCUUCAAAACGAGCAAAACAAAUAGUCUCUGCUAUUGACUUGGAAAUGUCUAAGCUUGCAGUAUCACACCAGGAACUUCUAAACAAACUGCAGAGAUUUUCAGACUGGAUCACAGAAAACAAGAAAACCAUGAAUGACUUCACAGUGAAUACUAAUGAUAUGGAAGAGAUGAAGAAAAUUUUACAGCUAUUUAAAGGCAGUGCUGCAGAGCUUGGCUGUAAAAAAACUCAACUGGACUCCACUGCAUUUGAUGUUCAGUUCUUCAUUUCCGAACAUGCUCAAGAUCUUUCUCCUAAUCAGAGCAAACAACUGCUGAGGCUCUUAAAUACCACCCAGAAAUCUUUUCAGGAAGUACAGGAGGCAAUAACAUCUCAAGUGGAAAGUUUAGAGACUCGGUUACAGGCAGCACAAGAGCUGGGUGAUCAGAAGGAUGUGGCUGAACGGCAGCAGGAAUGCAAAGAGAAACUGCAGGAAAUCUGUGAUUUGCUUACACAGACUGAAAAUCGGCUCAUCGGACAGCGAAUGUCCCUUGUUAUUGGAGACAGCAAGGCUGAGCUGGAACAAUACCAGACCAAACAGGAGGAGAUACAAAAAGACAUGAAAAUGAGUGCUCAGACAUUGGCAGAGAUUGUGAAAAAUACUGAAUCCUUCUUGAAAGAGAAUGGAGAAAGGCUGUCACAAGAAGACAAGACUAAUCUGGAACAGAAACUGAAUGAAGCUAAGACAAAGUGUUUGCUUCUUAGCCAGAAAGCAGAAGAGUCCAAAAAAGAACUGGAUAAAGCAAUGACAACAGCAAUUAAGCAGGAAACAGAAAAGGUUGCAGCCAUAGAACAGCUGGAAGAAAGUAAAAAUACAAUAGAAAAUCUGUUGGAUUGGUUAUCAAAUGUGGAUAAAGAAGCAGAGUAUGGCCAGAAGUUCAAGCAGGCGAUAGAACAGAAUGGAACACACUAUGAAGAGGGAGAUGUGAAGGCUUUGGAAGGAGAGGAGGAUGAUGUCAAUGGUAAUCUGCUGGAAAUUCAGCAAGACAUUGAAACUCAGGUGGAUGGACUAGUAAAAAGCACAGAAGAUAAUCUGAACCAGCAGUAUCAGAAAGUCAAGGCUCAACAUGAGAAAAUUAUUUCCCAGCAGCAGGCUAUCAUUAUAGCAACUCAGUCUGCUCAGGCACUGCUUGAGAAACAAGGGCAUUACCUUUCCCCUGAAGAAAAAGACAAGAUGCAAAGGAACAUGAAAGAGCUGAAGGCUCAGUAUGAGACUGCUUUGGCUGAAUCAGAACGGAAAAUGAAAUUGACUCGUUCUCUAAGAGAAGAACUUGAGAAAUUUGAUGCAGACUAUAGUGAAUUUGAAACAUGGCUGCAGCAGGCAGAACAAGAACUUGACAAUUUGGAGGCAGGUGCUUCUGACUUCAGUGGUAUUAUGGUCAAAUUGAAAAGGCAAAAGAGUUUUUCAGAAGAUGUUAUAUCUCACAAAGGUGAUUUACGGUAUAUUACAAUUUCUGGACAAAGAGUUUUAGAUGCUGCAAGGUCAUGUAGCAAAAGAGAUGGUGUGAAGGUUGACAAAGAUGGCAUUGAUACUUCGGCUACGUAUACUGAAGUGCAAAAUAAAUUGGAUAGUGCUUCAGAUCGUUUCAAAUCUCUCUAUACCAAGUGUAGCAUCCUUGGAAAUAACCUUAAAGACCUGGUGGAUAAAUACCAGCAUUAUGAAGAUGCAUCAUCUGGACUUUUGUCAGCUCUCCAAGCCUCUGAAAUAACUGUGAACAAACAACUAUCAGAGCCAAUUGCAGUGGAUCCCAGAAAUCUUCAGAGACAACUAGAAGAAACCAAGGUUCUUCAGGGACAAGUUUCAAACCACCAAAUUGCUGUAGAAAAACUGAAAAAAGCUGCUGAAGUGUUAUUGGAUACAAGGGGAGAGUUGAUGCCAGACAAAGAUGAGAUUCAGAAAACACUGGAUGACAUUGUGGAGAGGUAUGACAAUUUAUCCAAAUCAGUGAAUGAAAGGAAUGAGAAGCUCCAAAUAACACUGACACGAUCUCUAAGUGUGCAGGAUGGCUUGGAUGAAAUGCUGGAUUGGAUGGAAGGAGUUGAAAAGAGUCUUGAAGAACAAGAUCAAGUGCCUUUGAAUUCUGCUGCUAUUCAGGAUAUUAUUAGUAAAAGCAUUAUGCUAGAACAAGACAUUGCGGGCCGCCAAAGCAGUAUAAACACCAUGAAUGAAAAAGUUAAGAAGUUCAUAGAAACAUCAGAUCCAUCUACUGCAUCCACACUGCAAGCUAAAAUGAGUGAACUUUCAGGACGAUUUUCUGAAGCAAGUAACAGGCAUAAAGAGAAGCUUCUGAAAAUGGAGGAGUUGAAGACUAAAGUGGAGUUAUUUGAAGGUCUGUCAGAGAAACUUCAGUCAUUUAUCGAUGAGAAAAACCAGGCACUCAGUGAGACAGAGGCACCAAGAAAGGAUGUUAGUGAAGUGUCUCAAUAUAUGCAGGAAGCUAGUGUAGAAUUGGCACAACAUAAGAAGGAUCUAGAAGUUUUGCAACAGCUUCUUGAAGAACUUUCAUUACGUGCUCUUCCUGGAGAUAAGGCAUUGGUAUUAGAAAAAGUAAAUGCUUUGUCAAAGAAGUUCAGGGAGGUAGAGGAGACUGUAAAGGAAAAAGAAGAGGAUGUAUUAUCUUGUCAGAAGCAAAUGGAUACUUUUGAGCUCCUUGUAGAAUCAUUAAAGAAAUGGAUAAAAGAGACGACAGAACGAAUUCCAGCAGCACAACCCUCUCUGAAUACAGAGGAAUUAAAGAAACCUUUGGAAGAUACAUUGAAUUUAAACGAUGAAUGGACAUCAAAAGCCCCUGAACUGCAGAAAAUGAAUAGCAGAGGAACAUUGCUGUGUAAUCUAAUUACUGCUGUGACUUCUCCUGCCAAACUGAGAGCAGUUGCAAAGUCAGGUGGCACAAUGUUAAAUGGUGAUGGAGGAGCUCCAGGAGCUCAGGAUUUCCUGAAAAAUAAAGAACUGACAACUGUUCAACAAGCCAUGUCUGAUGUAAAUCACGGUUAUGAAGAUUUGGGAGUUUUAUUGAAGGAAAAGAUUUCAGAACUAGAGAGUAUGCUUUCAAAAAUGCAGAAUAUUCAGGAAGAGUCCACAUCAAUGAUGCAGUGGUUGCAAAAAAUGGACAAAACUGCAUCAGAUUGGGAAGCUGCUCCAACUGAUAGUGAAAUGGUUAAAGCCCAAGUUGAGCAACAUAAGCUUUUUGAAACUGAAUUAAAGCAAAGUGCGAAUAAAGUGCAGGAACUGAAGGACAAAGUGACAGAGCUGUUGGAGAAGAACCCCGACUCUCCUGAGGCACCUAAGUGGAAACAAACACUGGAUAAAAUAGAUUCCAAAUGGAAAGAACUCAAUCAAGUUGCAUCUGAAAGACAACAAAAACUAGAGGAGUCUUCAAAUUACCUGACCCAGUUCCAGACAGCAGAAACUCAGUUAAAACACUGGCUUGUGGAAAAGGAGCUAAUGGUCAGUGUGCUGGGACCGCUAUCAAUUGAUCCUAAUAUGCUCAAUACACAAAAGCAACAAGUUCAGAUUCUGCUCAAAGAGUUUGACACCAGAAAGCCGCAAUAUGAGCAAUUAACUAUGGCUGGUGAAGGGAUUCUGAAGAGACCUGGUGAACAUCCACCCUCCCUUGAAAUUGUAAAAGAGCAACUGACAGCUGUGGCACAAAAAUGGGACAGCCUGACUGGCCAACUGAGGAAUAGAUGUGACCGAAUUGACCAAGCCAUUGUGAAAAGUACAGAGUAUCAAAGUCUACUCAGAAGUCUGUCUGAUAAACUAAGGGCCUUGGAUAGCAAACUAAGCAGCAGCCUGGCUGUGAGUACACAACCUGAUGCUGUGAAACAACAGCUGGAAGUUGCUAGAGAAAUGAAGGAGGAAAUAGAACAGGAAAUGAAGAAUAUAAAUGCAGCUCAAGCUCUUUGUGAAGAGCUAUCCACACUGGUUGGAGAAGAGUAUUUGAAAGCGGAACUUACAAGACAGCUAGAUGGCCUCUUAAAAUCGUUUAAGGAUAUUGAGCAAAAAGCAGAUAACCAUGUUCAGCAGCUUCAGUCAGCAUAUGCAACUUCUCAUCAGUUCCAGCAAAUGUCUAAGGACUUUCAGGCUUGGUUAGGUAAAAAGAAAGAAGAGCUGAACCAGGCUCGUCCUGUGUCUGCCAAACUUGAUACUUUGCAAUCACUAAUUGAAGAACAGAAAGAUUUUAAGAAGACCAUGACCAAUCAGAUUAGUUCAUAUGAAAGAAUUGUUGCAGAAGGAGAACGUAUCUUACAGAAGACUCAAGGAGCUGACAAAGCAGCAUUACAAUCCCAAAUUGCUACACUCAGAAGUAACUGGGAUGAAAUUAAUAAGCAGGUAAAAGAAAGACAAGAUAAAUUAACAGAUUGUCUAGAGAAAGCUCUGAAAUACAGGCACCAUGUAGAAAUUCUGCAGCCAUGGAUAGAGAAAUGCCAAAGCAACCUGUGUGAAUUAAAAGUUGGCAUAAACCCUGUUGAAAUAGAGAAUUCUAUUGUUCAGGUGAGGGCCUGGCAGAAAGACCUGGAUAAACACCAUGGGACAGUGGAGCUAUUAAAUAAUACUGCUGAAAAUUUGCUCAGUGCAAGUGAAACAGAUAAAGAAAUUGUUCAGGAGGAAACUAAGGUGCUGAAUCAGAAAGUGAAUGUGGUCACAGAAGAGUUACAUAAGAAGAGAGAGUGCUUGGAAAACAUGGCACAAAGGCUGAAACAAUUUCAGGAGUCAUCCAGGGAAACUGAAAAACAACUUAAAAGUGCCAAAGAACAUCUGGAAGCUCACGACUCACUUGGACCUCAGUCAUUCAGUAACAAACACCUGACAAUGAUGCAGGCCCAGCAGAAAGCCCUACAGGCUUUAAAGCCUCAUGUUGAUUUAGCAAAAAAGCUUGCCCAGGACCUGGUGGUAGAAGCAUCUGAUUCAGCAGGUGUUGCUGACCUUUUGCUCCAGGCUGAAUCUCUGGAACAAGAAUACACAGCUGUGAACCAGCAGGUUGAAGAUAGGUGCUCGUUCUUAGAGACAAAACUUCAGGGAAUUGGCCAUUUUCAAAACAGCAUCCGAGAGAUGUUCUCUCAGUUUGCAGAGUUUGAUGAUGAACUUGAUAGCAUGGCUGCAGUGGGGAGAGAUCUCAAGGUACUGCAAUCACAGAGAGAGGACAUAAAAUGUUUCCUGAAAAAGCUGGAAGAUCUUAUCUUGAGUACUGAAAAUGCUAAUAAAAACUGUAAAAUUAUGCUAGCCACAGAAGCUGAAGCUUCUCCUGAUCUUGUUGGUAUAAAAAGAGACUUGGAAGCUUUAAAUAAACAGUGCAACAAGUUACUAGACAGAGCAAAAGCCAGGGAAAAUCAAGUGGAGGGUACUAUUUGCCGUGUGGAGGAGUUUUACAGUAAGCUAAAAGAAUUUUCCAGUCUGCUUCGGAGAGCUGAAGAGCACGAAGAGUCACAAGGUCCUGUUGGAAUGGAAACAGAGACUAUCAAUCAGCAAUUGAAUACAUUCAAGGUAUUUCAGAAAGAAGAAAUUGAGCCCUUGCAAGUAAAACAACAGGAGGUAAAUUGGUUGGGUCAAGGCCUUAUUCAAAGUGCUGCUAAAAGUUCCAACACAGAAAACCUUGAACAUGACCUUGAAGAUGUCAACACCCGAUGGAAGACUCUUAAUAAGAAGGUUGCCCAGCGUGCUGCACAAUUGCAGGAAGCCCUUCUUCACUGUGGGAGAUUUCAGGAUGCCCUUGAAUCUCUGCUUAGCUGGCUCAUUGAUACAGAAGACCUUGUGGCUAAUCAGAAACCACCAUCUGCUGAAUUCAAAGUUGUGAAGGCCCAAAUACAAGAACAGAAACUUCUCCAGAGGUUGCUGGAUGACCGCAAGCCUACCGUUGAGGUAAUCAAGCGUGAAGGGGAGAAAAUUGCAGAGUCAGCAGAACCUGCUGAUAAGGUGAAAAUCUUGAAACAGUUGAGUUUCCUGGAUAGUCGAUGGGAUGCACUGCUCAGUAAAGCUGAAACAAGGAACCGUCAGUUGGAAGGCAUCUCAGUGGUAGCACAGCAGUUCCAUGAAGCUCUCGAGCCACUAGUGGAGUGGCUGACUGCCACAGAGAAGAGGCUUGCAAAUGCAGAACCCGUUGGAACGCAGGCCUCGAAACUGCAGCAGCAAAUUUCUCAGCAUAAAGCCCUAGAAGAUGAUGUCCUAGCUCACAAUAAGAGUUUACAUCAGGCCGUUAGCACUGGUCAGUCUCUAAAGACUAUGAGCUCCAGGGAAGAUAAAGAUAUGGUGCAGGAAAAGCUAGAUUCUUCUCAGGCCCGAUACAUUGAGAUUCAAGAGAAGAUGAACAGCAGGUCUGAACUUCUCCAGCAAGCUUACAGCAAUGCUCAGAUUUUUGGGGAGGACGAAGUUGAAUUGAUGAACUGGCUGAAUGAAAUCCAUGAUAAACUGAGCAAAUUGGCAGUCCAAGAUUGCAACAGAGAAUUGCUUGAGAAACAGCACUCUGAACUACUGGAUCUUCAGGAAGAGAUUCUUCUUAGAAAACAGAAUGUUGAUUUAGCUAUACAAAAUGGCUUAGAGCUUCUCAAGCAUACAACAGGUGAUGAAGUUGUAAUAAUUCAAGAUAAACUGGAAGGCAUUAAAGCAAGAUACAAAGACAUUACAAAAUUGAGUUCUGAUGUAUACAAGACCUUAGAGCAGGCUCUGCAGCUUGCAGGUCAACUGCACUCAACUCACGAGGAACUCUGCAAAUGGCUUGAUGAAGUGGAGGUGGAGUUACUCUCAUAUGAAAGUCAAAUACCAAAGGGUGAAGAAUUAAGCCAAGUACAAGAAAGACAAAAAGAGCUGAAAAAAGAAGCAAAGAACAACAAAGGCUUACUGGACACUCUCAAUGAAGUUGGCAGUGCCUUCCUGGAGCUGGUGCCAUGGAGGGCCAGAGAGGGGCUUGACAGGAUGAUAACAGAGGACAACGAACGUUACAGAUUAGUGAGUGACAUGAUCUCUCAGAAGGUGGAUGAGAUUGAUGCUGCCAUUCUGAGAUCCCAGCAGUUUGAUCAAGCAGCUGAUGCUGAAUUUGCCUGGAUUGCAGAAACAGAAAAGAAACUGAUGUCUCUGGGUGAUAUUAGGCUUGAGCAAGACCAGACCAUGGCUCAGCUACAAGUUCAAAAGGCUUUUACCAUGGAGAUUUUGAGGCACAAAGAUACCAUAGAUGAACUUGUUAAAUCUGGGGAUAAGAUUAUGAACACGUGCACCGAAGAAGAAAAACAGGCCAUGAAGAAAAAAAUGGAAAGCCUCUUACAGAAAUAUGAUACAGUCUGUCAAAUGAACUCUGAGAGAAACCUCCAGCUGGAACGGGCUCAGUCCCUGGUUAACCAGUUCUGGGAGACUUAUGAAGAGCUUUGGCCAUGGUUAACUGAAACAGAAAUGAUCAUCUCUCAGCUUCCUGCACCAGCCCUUGAAUAUGAAACUUUAAAGCAACAACAAGAAGAGCAUAGGCAACUGCGUGAGCUGAUUGCUGAGCACAAGCCUCAUAUAGAUAAGAUGAACAAAACUGGGCCUCAGUUGCUGGAGCUGAGCCCAGGAGAAGGUUUUUCUAUCCAAGAGAAGUAUGUGGCAGCUGACACCCUUUACAGUAAAAUUAAGGAAGAUGUUAAAAAGCGAGCACUGGCACUGGAUGAAGCCAUCUCUCAGUGUACCCAGUUUCAUGACAAGAUAGAUCCAACUCUUGAGAGUCUGAAACGCAUAGUUGAACGUCUGAGGCAGCCACCUUCGAUAUCAGCAGAGGUUGAGAAGAUUAAAGAGCAAAUCAGUGAAAAUAAGAAUGUGUCCGUGGAUCUGGAAAAACUUCAGCCAGUGUAUGAGACGCUUAAACAGAGAGGGGAGGAAAUGAUUGCUCGCUCAGAAGGAGCUGAUAAGGAUAUAUCUGCUAAAGCUGUUCAAGAUAAACUAGACCAAAUGGUCCUCAUUUGGGAAGACAUCCAGACCUUGACUGAGGAAAGGGAGGCCAAAUUGUUGGAUGUAAUGGAACUAGCUGAAAAGUUUUGGUGUGAUCACAUGGCUGUUGUAGCUACUAUUAAAGAUACUCAGGACUUUAUUCGAGAACUGGAAGGACCUGGAGUUGACCCAUCUGUAGUCAAGCAACAGCAAGAAGCUGCUGAGGCUGUUAAAGAAGAAAUAGACGGACUGCAGGAAGAACUAGAAACAGUUGUGAACCUUGGCUCUGAACUUAGAGCUGCUUGUGGAGAGCCUGACAAACCUAUUGUCAACAAAAGUAUAGAUGAGCUGAAUUCUGCUUGGGAUGGCUUAAACAAAACAUGGAAAGAAAGGGUGGAUAAGCUUGCUGAAGCUAUGCAGGCAGCUGUUCAGUACCAAGAUGGACUGCAGGCAAUAUUUGACUGGGUAGAUAUUGCUGGCAGCAAGUUAGCAUCCAUGUCCCCAGUUGGAACAGAUCUGGAGACAGUGAAGCAGCAAACUGAGGAGCUUAAGCAAUUUAAGACAGAAGCUUAUCAGCAGCAGAUUGAAAUGGAAAGGCUGAACCAUCAGGCAGAACUAUUGCUGAAGAAGGUAACAGAGGAGAGUGACAAGCACACUGUUCAAGACCCUCUCUCAGAGCUUAAACUACUGUGGGACAGCCUAGAGGAAAAAAUUAUAAGCAGACAGCACAAGCUGGAAGGUGCCUUGUUAGCCUUGGGGCAGUUCCAGCAUGCCCUGGAUGAGUUACUGACAUGGCUGACACAUACAGAAGACUUGCUGAAUGAACAGAAACCUGUGGGUGGAGACCCCAAGGCCAUUGAAAUUGAACUUGCCAAACAUCAUGUACUACAAAAUGAUGUUUUAGCUCAUCAGUCUACAGUGGAAGCAGUUAAGAAAGCAGGAAAUGACUUGAUUGAAUCAAGUGCUGUUGAAGAAGCAAGUAAUUUACGGAGCAAGCUGGAACUUCUGAAUCAGCGCUGGCAAAACUUGUUGGAAAAAACAGAACAAAGGAAACAGCAGCUGGACAGUGCCUUGAUCCAGGCCCAAGGUUUCCAUGGUGAAGUUGAAGAUAUGCAGCAAUGGCUGACAGACACAGAACGUCAGCUGUUGGCAUCAAAACCUGUUGGAGGUUUACCAGAAACAGCAAGAGAGCAGCUUAAUACCCAUAUGGAACUUUGUGCUGCCUUUGAAGCCAAAGAAGAGACAUAUAAGUGUCUAAUGCAGAAAGGCCAGCAGAUGCUCGCAAGAUGCCCAGAGUCUGCUGAAACAAACGUUGAGCAGGACAUAAAUAACUUAAAAGAAAAAUGGGAAUCAGUACAAACAAAGCUCAGUGAAAGAAAAACCAAACUGGAAGAAGCCCUCAGUUUAGCGAUGGAGUUCCACAAUUCACUUCAAGAUUUCAUCAACUGGCUUACUCAGGCUGAGCAAACUCUAACUGCAGCUUCUCGGCCAAGUCUUAUCUUGGACACUGUCUUGUUUCAAAUUGAUGAACACAAGGUUUUUGCCACAGAAGUGAAUUCUCAUCGAGAUCAGAUCAUAGAGCUGGACAAAACUGGAACCCACUUGAAAUAUUUCAGCCAGAAGCAGGAUGUUGUCCUUAUUAAGAAUCUGCUGAUUAGUGUACAGAGUCGAUGGGAAAAAGUAGUUCAACGCUUAGUUGAAAGGGGAAGAGCUUUGGAUGAUGCAAGGAAAAGAGCCAAACAGUUCCAUGAAGCCUGGCACAAACUUAUGGAGUGGCUGGAAGAGUCAGAGAAGUCUUUGGACUCAGAUCUUGAAAUUGCAAAUGACCCUGACAAAAUAAAGAUGCAACUCGCACAGCAUAAGGAAUUCCAGAAAUCUCUCGGUGCCAAGCAUUCUGUGUAUGAUACGACAAAUAGGACUGGACGCUCCUUGAAAGAGAAAAGCACCUUGGCUGAUGACAACUUGAAACUUGAUGAUAUGCUGAGUGAACUAAGGGAUAAGUGGGAUACAAUUUGUGGAAAAUCAGUGGAAAGACAAAAUAAACUGGAGGAAGCCCUGUUAUUUUCUGGACAGUUUACUGAUGCUCUGCAAGCUCUCAUUGACUGGUUAUACAAAAUUGAACCUCAGCUAGCAGAAGAUCAACCAGUACAUGGAGACAUUGAUUUAGUAAUGAACCUGAUUGACAAUCACAAGGUUUUCCAGAAGGAGCUGGGGAAAAGAACAAGCAGUGUCCAGGCUCUGAAGCGCUCUGCAAGGGAGCUGAUAGAGGGCAGUCGUGAUGACUCUUCCUGGGUCAAAGUCCAAAUGCAGGAGCUGAGCACUAGAUGGGAGACAGUUUGUGCUCUGUCAGUAUCCAAGCAAACACGACUGGAACAGGCUCUUCGGCAGGCAGAAGAAUUCCACUCUGUUGUCCAUGUCCUUUUGGAGUGGUUAGCAGAGGCAGAGCAGGCUCUUCGUUUCCAUGGGAUCCUUCCAGAUGAUGAAGAGGCCUUGCGUACACUGAUAGACCAGCACAGGGAAUUCAUGAAGAAACUGGAAGAGAAAAAGACAGAACUGAAUAAAGCAACAGGUAUGGGAGAAGCUAUCCUAGCUAUCUGCCACCCAGACUCCAUCACCACCAUUAAGCACUGGAUAACAAUCAUCAGAGCCAGGUUUGAAGAGGUCUUAGCAUGGGCAAAACAACAUCAACAGAGACUGGCAGGAGCUCUGGCUGGGCUUAUUGCUAACCAGGAAUUGCUGGAAGCCUUGCUGUCCUGGUUGCAGUGGGCAGAGACUACCCUUACCGAAAAAGAUAAAGAGGUUAUCCCCCAGGAGAUCGAGGAAGUUAAAGCACUUAUAGCUGAACAUCAGACAUUCAUGGAAGAAAUGACCAGAAAACAACCUGACGUGGAUAAAGUUACAAAGACCUACAAAAGAAAGGCACUUGAACCCACUCCAGUACAAUCUCAUAUUCCUGUCCUUGAUAAGGGGAGAGCAGGAAGAAAGCGUUCCCCAACACCAGGCAUAUAUCCGUCAGCAGCCCAGGCACAAAUCGAAACCAAGAAUCCACGGGUAAACCUUCUAGUCAGCAAAUGGCAGCAAGUCUGGCUUCUGGCCUUGGAAAGAAGAAGAAAACUUAAUGAUGCCUUGGACAGACUUGAAGAGUUGAGAGAAUUUGCCAACUUUGAUUUUGAUAUUUGGAGGAAAAAAUACAUGCGGUGGAUGAACCAUAAGAAGUCUCGUGUGAUGGACUUCUUUAGAAGGAUUGAUAAAGAUCAGGAUGGAAAGAUAACAAGGCAAGAAUUUAUCGAUGGAAUUCUUUCUUCAAAAUUCCCAACAAGCCGACUUGAAAUGAGUGCUGUUGCAGAUAUUUUUGAUAGAGAUGGUGAUGGAUAUAUUGACUAUUAUGAAUUUGUAGCAGCUCUUCAUCCAAACAAGGAUGCAUACAAACCUCUCACAGAUGCUGACAAAAUUGAAGAUGAGGUUACGAGACAGGUAGCUAAAUGUAAAUGUGCAAAACGGUUUCAAGUGGAGCAGAUUGGGGAUAACAAGUACAGGUUCUUCCUGGGAAAUCAGUUUGGAGACUCUCAACAAUUGCGCCUUGUUCGUAUCCUAAGAAGUACAGUCAUGGUUCGUGUCGGAGGUGGCUGGAUGGCACUCGAUGAAUUCUUAGUGAAAAACGAUCCUUGCAGGGUUCAUCAUCACGGGAGUAAAAUGUUACGUUCGGAAUCAAACUCUUCAAUUACCACUCAGCCUACUAUAGCUAAAGGGAGGACAAACGUGGAGCUGCGUGAGAAGUUCAUUUUGGCAGAUGGUGCCAGUCAGAGCAUGGCAGCUUUCCGACCAAGGGGCCGUAGGUCACGACCUUCUUCAAGGGGUGCCUCUCCCAACAGAUCUACUUCUCUGUCAAGUCAGGCUGGCCAGGCAGCUGCUCCACAGGCAGUUGCUACAAGUACACCGAAGACACCCCAUCAUUUAACACGCAACUAUGGUAAACCAUGGUUGACAAACAGCAAAACGUCAACUCCUUCUAAGCCACCAGAAUCCUCAGACUAUCAAGGGUCAUCUGCAGAGGGAACACCAAUUCAAGGAAGUAAGCUCAGACUGCCAGGAUAUCUAUCAGGGAAGGGUUUCCACUCUGGAGAAGACAGUGGCAUCCUGUCAACAGCAGCUACCAGAGUUAGAGCUCAGUUUGCAGAAACCAGAAGAACUCCAAGCAGACCUGGAAGCCGAGCAGGAAGCAAGGCUGGCAGCAGGUCCAGCAGCCGCCGCGGCAGUGACGCAUCUGACUUUGACAUUUCAGAAAUCCAGUCUGUGUGCUCAGAUAUGUCAGAGACUGUUCCUGCCACAAGCAGACCGACACCCCGAGCAGGUUCUCGGCCAGGAUCAGCCAAGCCUUCCAAAAUUCCAACGCCCCAGAGAAGGCCACUAGCCAGCAAACUAGACAAGUCCUUGAAGAGAUAAUAUGAUUGGCUCCAUAAAGGUCUUUUCUUUUUGCAUUAAGUAUUUAAGUUCGUAAGAUGUAAAAUAUUAUGUAGAAAUUAUUGUGAAAUAUCGCAAGAGGUGGAUUUUUAAUUCUGCAGAUGGCCUUAUUUGUGUAUUUGUCUUCUUAUUUUAUGUGUAUAAUUUUUGUCAGAUUCUGGUUUUGGUUUUGCCAUAUCCUGUGAGAAGGGGGAAGAGUUUUAAUGUAAACUAACAGUUGUACACAGUAAUGUGUAGAAAGUACACUAAAAAUAAUUGCCGAAUGUACAGUGUACCGAAUGUACAGUAAGUCUCUGCAACCUCAAUAAAAUAGGCCUAUCACUAUGUCAUUAGUUAACAGUAAAGGAUACCUCAUGAUUUUUCUUUAAAAAAGAAAAAGAGAAUACUAAAAAGCCAAAAGACACACAUUUUGAGCUAACUAAACAAACACUAAAGGAUGUGCGGCAAAAAUACUAAGGAAUACAAACCCACUUUCACAGUACCCUUAUUUAUACAGCAUCUCUCAGAGAACUCACAGAGUUAAUUAAGCACUUGCCAGUAAUAUGAUACUCCAAUACCUUGCAGCAUUUCUGUGCCAUUGCUUUCAAUGAGGCCAGACACAUUCUGGAUAUCUGAACUAUUAUUCUGUAAGAAUAUCAAUAUAAAGUGCAUUCAUGUAAAUGUGAGGUUUUCUUUUGCUUGAGUGGAUGGUAGCACUGUAUCAUUGAACUCAUUUUGUAUCAAAGCAAUUUUGCUUGCAGAAAGCUCCAAAAUAAACAUGUCCCUUAACUUUAUUUCUAUUGUAUUUCUUAUUUCACAGGAAGAUAAUUUUCUGCAUUAUGUUUUAGGGCAUAUAUAAUUUCAGAUGACCAGUAAUUGCCAUAGGAGCAUACGCUUUAAUGUAAUUUCCCAUUGUCAGCAAUCAGAUUUUGGUUAGCUACUGUAUUUGUUUAAUAAAACACUAAAUUGCACAUACCAGA